AUGUCAACAGACAGUUGCUGUGAAAUGUCGGAGUUAUGGGUCAUGCUAGGUAGGUGAAAUUGUGUUGUUGAGCGUGAAUGAUUCGUCUUCGAGCGCAAUCAACUUGAAGCAUAAUUACCACUUAAAAUGGUGUCUUCUUUGAAUUUUCAGCUUUAUUAUUCUGCUUCACUACUGUGCCACCGAGUUUCGCAACUGGGCCUAUAUAUUCUUCGCAAAGCAAGAGUACUUCGAGUGUCUUACUCAGCACCUUCGUCAAAGUGGAGUCUAAUAAAAAAGAGUUUUCGUCCUUCUUUACUGUACCGAAAUGGACUACAACAACCUUGCCCUCGAAAACAAAGAAACAAUCAGGGAUUUACUCAUCGCACAACAAUGAAGCAAACGGGCGUUUGUCUCCUGAAACAAUUCAACCAAUCUUGUCUUCGUUAUCAAAGGUUGUUACCGCUCCGUCAAGGACAAAUUUACCCACAUACGGUACAGUUCUUAAAAACAUUUCACCAAAGGGUCGCGCGGAAAAUUUUUCUUCGUUUAAAAACCUGAAUGGAUUUUCCAGUGUGGGUGAAAAUAUGUCAGCAGUAUCAUUGAAGCCUGCCGUCACCAUUCCGGAAAUUGCUACAACCACAUCCCGAGUUAAUUUUUUCCCUUCUAUGUCUGAAAUGAAGAAAUAUUUGGAUUCCUCUCAAACAGGGGAUUAUUCUAAUGGAGAUAACCCCUCGCGUUUAUCGGAUUUACAAAGUAGAAAACUCAUCGAUCAAACAGCUCAUUUUUCAAACGAAAAUUCUAUUUUGGGACAUGAUAACAAUAGUGGCACCUCUGUCGGCGGAAGCAGAUUGUUUACAAAAGGAUCGCUUUCGUUAACAAAGCAGAAUAUUAGAUCUUCCCUUCUUCAAAGCUCCUUAAGAAUGGAUAUCAAAACCACACAAUCACACGUCCUUAAAAGUGCUCCGAGCCCUUUAUUUUCUGUAAAAGUCAGUGCUUUGUUGACUCACGCAACGAGAACAUGUGACACCAAUAUGAUAACUGCAUCCGUAAGAGCACUCUCGUCCUCUCACGGAAUGCCGAAGGUUACUACAGCGAGUAAAAUCGCCAGUGAAAAUAAUUUAUCUCAGAUAAGUUCCUCGCCAUCGAGCACACCUCAGAUGACGGCCAGUUCUUGGGGGCAUUCCUCAGCUGAAAAAGAGAAUUUUACUUUCACUUCAAUAGUAAAACCUUCUAUUUGGAGUAGAGAAAGAAACCGAACUCCUCAUACAUCAGGUGCUGCGACGGCUUUUUCGGAAACUCCAUCAUUGAAACACUCUGUCUCUAGCGAUGCAAACUAUAUGUUUACUCUAAUUGAUGAAAGUGAAUCCCUGUUAUUAAAGAUCCGUUACACAGAGGAGUUUUCUAGCCGAGUUCCUUCUUCAACUUUGCGCGUUAUACGUAGUAAUACUUCACAUUCCUCUGCAAGAGACAUUCCUUCGAUUCCUUUUCAUAAAACUUUCUUUUCCGCUCCACACGAAACGGCAACCACUUCCUUAGACUCACCUUCAAUUUCCUCAUCCAAGGCUCAGGCGAUGACGGAAAAGCGAGCGACACAGUCCAGUGUUCAAUCUGCAGAUUUGACUUUAUCUUCGACCUCUCAAGAGAGUUUCUUCAAAGCCAGCCCGUCGCAACGACCACACAUUUUAAGAAUUAGCCAAGGGAGUGCGAACUUCUCUACAAUUAUGCAGAAAAGAGACUUUGCCUCCUUAUCCAGGAACCAGGAAGCUCCCUCCUCUUUUCAAAAUAAAGCCUCUCAACAUGGCACAGACCUUUCUACGUCUUCAUUCUCGAAAAUACAGAGCAGUUCGGUGGUAUGGCAAAGAAAAAGUCCAUCUCCUACCUCUGUUGCUUACUCAGGUACUACCACUACCCUUUCUACGUCCACUUCAAGGACUGCUCAGAAUAUCCAGUCCUCAAGUCUGAGGUCAGAAAAACGUUUUACUCCUUCAUCAUCGACGGUCCAGAGCAGCUCGAUGCUGCAUUACAAAAGAAAUUUAGUAACCACUGUUAGCUUCACCAAGAGUCAUAUGUCCAGCAGUAUCUCAACAACUGUCCACCAAAUCCGUUCCUCUUCUCAGAUGCUCGAUUUUCAAAGCACUGAGAUUAGAUUUUUGAACAGUAGUUCGAAGAUCAUACAUCAGAAACACUCCACGUCUUCGCAACACAUUGUAAAGCUACGUGAUACAGUUCUGCAAACUUCAAAUCCUUCUUUCACGAGGACAAGCUCAAGGUUAUCAAAGACAAAAGAUUCCUCUACUACUCCUAUUCGCAGCCAGGGACGCCUCUCUGCAAGUAUCACCUCUACUUCCUCUUGGAAGGCUGUUAUGCCGACGAGACAAGUAACACCUUCUUCCCCAGUCCAAAGGGGUCGUGGUUUUGGAAAUGUAAACCUUACAACCCUUCAGGUCUCACUUACAACGAUAAGCAAAGAAACUGAAAAUUACACAAUCUCCUCCUCUUCCUCAUUAAGCAAAUUACCAUCGACACGAAAAAUUAUUCCAUCAUCCUCGAGCUUGAAUAUUCCCUCAGUUUCUCGCAGGAAAAGUUCUCCUUUUGCUGGUAUGAGCCAUUCCACCCCUCGGAUCGUUGGUCUGACGAUAUCCUCCGAAAAUAGACAAGGAAUUCUUUCUUCUUCCACUUUGAGCCGAUUUGCAUCGACAUUAUUUCCGUUAUUUCCUGGUACAAAAGAUCUCUCUCGACCGUCUUCUAGGAGAAGUUCUGUUCACAAACUCGGUAGUAGCUCCACUACCAUUCAGACUCAAAUUUCAGCGAGCGUGUCAUGGGGUGCGAGUAAAAUGCUUCCCUCUUCUUCAAAACUUUCAUCGUCCUCUACAGAAAGUCCUCUUCCUGUAAACUCUCACAUAAAGAGCUUCUCCCAAGUACCAGAAGUGGACCGUUCGACCUCAUCCAAAGAUCAGAACAGCAUCUCAUUCCCCAAGUCCAUCGCGACAACAUAUAUCGAUAAAAGCAAGUUGCAGACCUCCCCUUCACCGAUGUCAACUACCUUAUUGGAGAGAGAAAUACCCUUUGGAACAAUUGUAAGUAUCUCCAGUUGUGUUUUUGUAAUUAGUAAUGGCAGUAAUAACAGGUUGGGAAGAGGGGCCGGGCCAAAGUAGAUAAAAUGGACGAUCAAACCUUGCCUUUUUCAUGUCAGUCACUCAAGACUUUGAGUAAACAGAUAGCAGAUGAAAUUUAUUAGCACUGACACAUCAAAGGAGUGCGUUUCCGUCUACUGAUUCCGGGUCGAUCUGCAUCUGUACUUUGGAGUAUUGAUUUUUAUGCGGGUGGGAUCAACCUUAAAAUCCGGUAUCAAAGUGUAAAAACCUCUGGAGCAGGGACAUAAGCAUGUGACAACAAAGGCCCGUUCUCGAAAAGCCCAUUAAUGUGAUUUUUUUCUCCGUUUUACUUUCAAGAUCGAGGCAUUGACAUUAUAGAAACUCAGAUCGUUGAAAUAUCGGGAUUUGAAACAGAAUGAACUGGUUUACGAGCGAAGACCUGCACUACUUAACAAUUAUAGUCCUAUCGCGUGAUAGUUGAUGAGGGCGAAGCACGAAUGAAUUGUCACGCACAGAAAUUUGAGAUCGAAUAAUCCGAUUUUCUUGGUAUAAAUCUCAUAUAAGUAAAAUAUGAUGUUAUUCGGCGGUGCAUGACACAGGCAUACGCUGAGAAAAAGAACCGUGAGUGCUCCAAAUUGAAGUCGAACUUACGACCUUCCGAUUACUACUUCGGACGCUCUCGUAGCAACUUCGGCCCUUUGUCUAAGUCCAUGGUGACAACAUCCUGCAUACUGUUAGGAUAAAAAUGUCGAUAUGUAAUGCUUCUGCGCAGUGAUGAUGGAGAUGACGAUGGUAAAUUUCAAGCCUACUGAAUUUUAAGGGAAAAGUUAGGUUAUUCGGUGAAUAACACAGACACUCUCGAAGAAAAAAAUAAUCUACUAUACGUCAAAAAUAAAACAACAAGAGAGGUUAUUAAUUUUUUUUGUUAACCAGUGCCCACUGUAACAACAAGAUCGUAAGCUUAAGAUUUCUAUCGCGUGAUAAUUGAUGAGGGCGAAGCCCAAAUCAACUAUCACGCAUAGAGUGAAUAAUCUAAUUGUUUUAGUAUAAAUCUGCUUGUCGUCUAAAUCUUGACAACAAGACAGGCCCAUUUUUUUUUUCUAUUUCGUUUUUUUUACAACGGCUCACUGUUAGGCUGCUAAUUCUACUCUAUCUUUUACGGAAUAGACAACGAGUAGCGUAACCAAUCAGAUAGCUACAUUGUGAUAGGGCACCAUUCGAUUUAUGCUUGUAUUUCCUAGAAUUAGAUUUGGAAAUAUCACUUCGAGCCCGCAAAGCUUUCGAUCGAGAGAUAGACCCUCGGACUGGCAAUCGAAUUAACCACAAAGUGGUAUUGUAGGUGAGCGCUGUCACUUCGCUCCAGAAUACUCUUUUGUAAGAUGUAAACUGGAUGAACUAUUGGGCAAAUCUUAGGAAGAUUAAUGCAAGAUGAGGUAAUGCCGAUAUCUGCUUUCCAACCAUGAUUUAGGCCUACUAAAGAAGCCGAUCAGAGAACUUCGAAAAGCGUAUGAAUACCCGGAAAGGCUCUGUAGAUACUUAAUCCUUUGGCGAUCAAUUUGGCAUGAUCUAGCAGCUCUCAUCGUUUAAAGCGAUUAGUGUUAAUCCAGAUCACAAUCAAAGUUUUGUGAUAGUAAAAAGCACUUAUAGCGUGCGCCUGUUAAGUAAUAGAUCACAGAUAAAUCGACGUCAAAAUGUGGUAAAACCAAAAAACAGGCACAGGAGGCGCACACAAUUUGACGUCCUCUGUAAUCUAUAACUGUACAGACCUACGGCAACAAAUAAUCUAUUUGACAUGGUUUGAUGCUACACUGGUUUAAAGAUUUCAUGAAUGGUACCAAGAAGUUACAAUUCAUAGACUCAGUGAUUCUAUGAAUUGUAACUUCUCGGUUACAUUCAUUAUAAAUCUUUAAACCAGAGUAGCAUAAAAUCAUGUCUGAUUGUCCACCUGGUUACCUUGUGGACUUAAAUAUAUGUAACCUAUAUAUACGUCAUCAAUUCGCCUGUCCACCAAUUAAUCUUAAGCAAGGGCCAAUCAAAAUACGUGAAGAAUUCAGCUUAUCAUAUAAUUUGUUAUAACUCAUCGGCCACCAUGGUUUACGAAACUGUUAUCUUAUAAGACAAAUUGGCCAAGAGCAUUGGAUCAAAAUCAGUUUAAAAGCCAUCACUCAAAUUUCAUUCCUUACAUUUGGGCUGAGAAUUGAUGAGUCACCGGAUCACCUCUAUCUUUUGAACAAUCUGUAUUUGUGGAAUUGAUAGAUAACUUUAAAAGAAAUCAGUUGGCUCUUAUGCCCUGGUGCGCACAAUUACGGACAUUGUUUCAUUUUAGUUGUUCAAUUCCAGGCGCGCGCGCAUUGGUUAAUUCAAAUGAUUUAAAAUUUUAAUGACGUAACAUGUUUUGUCGUGCGUACGAAACUAGAGAGGUUUUGGGAUUUUUGAGUCGAACUAGACUUGUGCUGUUCCUUCGGCAUUUUAAGGGUUUUAAAGAAAGGAAAGAAAGGAAAACCGUCAGAACACCAGCUUUUCUUAACUUUCGUACCCUUACACGACUAUAAUUGAAAGAUAGAUGAACUUAUUUGACCCAACAGCCAGUAGAGGUGUCUGUCAAUUCUGAUGUUGGAGAAUAGAUGCGAUCAGUCAAUCUUUGUUUUGAUUAUUUUUCUCAGGUUCCCUUUCCUGGUGAAAGCUCGAAAACCUAUAAAGCAACCAAAACAGACGCAGUGCUCCCAACUCGUACGAGACCAUCCACGGAUACAGUAGCCACAGCGCCUGCGAACAUUUCCACAGAAUCUCCGUCAGCAGUAUCAACAAAUUUCGGUCAAAUUAGGCUCCUUAUUAUAGUUGCCAUCAUUCCAAGCGUUCUCUUGUGCGCUUUUUUCAGCGCCUUCCUUUUAUUUCGCCGUAGUCGCAAGCGCAGAAAUAAAUCCGUGUACUCCAUAAAGUUAGAAUAUGCAGACGAGAACAGCGGAUUUCGGAAACGAUGCGUGAACAGUCGGUUGGACUUGAGUCUAAAAGGAAUUCACAUUGACUUAGAGUUUCCAUACGACUGUGAGCGUCGCGGGAGCUAUGUACGGGACAGUUAUUCCCGCGGAUCCGCCUUGAGCGAGACGCAGAUGCGGGAAUUGCAAAUUUUAUCUCAAGAAUGUAAGGAGAAUAUGGAAUGGAUCAGCGAGGUGAUUGCCAGAGAGAUGGAGGCCUCUAUAAGUGGUCGCAAUCUGCCUGUAACCCGAGAUAGCGUUUACUCUCUGAAGGAAAGAGAGAAUUUUGAACCGAGCGAAAAAUUACGGAGUAUAGUACGAAGGGAGUCUUCUAAAAGAGGACGAGAAACAGUCAAGUGGAAGAUUCCAGUUGUACAGCGGCGAGAUUCAGAGGAUUUCGAUCAAAGGGACUCUAUGUGCACAGACGACACGACACUUGAGUGGAAAGAUGGACAAAGAUCGACACCGCGAAACUGCGGAGAAAAUGGGAAAAACAUUUGUUCAAAGUCGAAUCACGCUCUGCAGGAUUGUGCAGAUGAGGAUAAUUUAGACAAAGGAUUUAAAGUCCAGACAUCGAACGAAACAUUUGACGAUAAUGAAACCCGAGAAAACGGUAAAAAAGAGAACAAUGUUGUUGAAAGUAAGCCACCAAUUGUCGAUUUCAAUCUUAAAAAGGACGAUAUACCUCGAGAAAAACGUUCUUCUUCGCGACCAAAGAGACCUGAAACAUUGUAAAUGACAUAUACGUCCUCAGUAGAAUAGUUCAAAGUAGCGGUUCGAGAUAACAUUUCUCGAUAGAAAAAGCUGUUAAGUUCUAUCCGUAAAUUCAAGUGUACUAGCUCGAGCUCUCUGGAAGCUUUUCAUUUGACCCUUCCGUCAGUUCAAGAAAAUUUUUUAAACCGUCAGAAAUAGAUUAAGUUGGAG